CCGCUUGAAGGGCCAGAUUUCUUUCCUUAAAGAGCACAUAAAGGACGAGGUAGAGUUAAAAGAGAAGUGGAAAAAAAGUAGAGAAAAUAGAAACUGGAGACAGAAGAAAUAUGACGCUUGGCCUUACGCCUUGCUUGAACCCUCACCAUUGUAUGAGAUACACUUGAUUAGUAUAUAUACCUAUCUAUUAGGCAUUACAUGUGAAAAUGGCGCCUCCAGCGCUGCAAUCGUCGGCCAGUGUGUUGAGCACAAGCUCCACAGCCGAGAAGGCGGCGGAUCUGUCCGAGCAAAGGGAAAUCGACGCAAUCUGGAAAGAAGUUAACAGCAAAGUCAUCGAGCUGGCCGGUGGCGACCCCAGCAAAGUCGAGAAGGGCCUCGACAUCAACACCGUGCUCAAGUACAUCGACAACAUACAAGAGUCCGACAAAAAGAAGUCGGAGAAGCUCGGCACCUUCAAACACAUCGUAAGCAGGACAUUACAAUGCAUCAACACCGUAGGCGGAAUAGUCGCUGCCGGCGCCUCGGAGGUUUUCGCUCCGGCAGGUAUGUGUUACAAUGCGCUGACCUUUGUCAUACAAGCCUGGCAGGGCUACGAUGGGAUGUUUGAGAACCUCUCCGAGCUGCUCGAGAAAUGCACCGAGUUCCUCGAGCGCCUCGAGUCCUACGAUGGACGGAUGGACUCCAGGCUCAAGCGCGUGGCGGUCCAGAAUCUCCGGCUAUUCGUCGAGAUAUGUGACCGCACGAUUCGACUGCGCAAGAAGCACACCAGGUUCCUCGCCUUCACGAAGCAGCUGUUCCUGAACGACAAUGGCAUCCAGGACCUUCUCGGCAUGAUGGAACGGCUCAAUGCCAAAGAGUCGCUUCUGGUAAACGCCCAAACGUAUAAGCUAGUGAGUGAUAGCGCCGGAGAUAUCAAAUUGAUACUUGACAGCCAGAGAGAGUCGAAGAAAGAAGACGAAGCGAAGAAGUGGCGCAGGACCAUUGCCAAAGCGUUGGGUUUCCCCGGCACGACUCUUGACGGAGACGGGGAGCCCAUUCCAACUUGGCAAAAAGCUUUCGAUGCUCGCAAGAACACGUUAGUUGAUGAGACUGGCAAGUGGAUUCUAGAAAACAAAGUCUUCUUAGAAUGGACGAAGUCGACCUCCCCGAUGAAACCUGUCGUGGUAUUGGGAGGCAAAAACGGCUCAGGCAAGACAUCUAUGCUAGCCAACACCUUAAGACACCUCAGGAAGAUGAGUCGAGCUGGCCCAACUUCACGUGCUGUUACGGCCUAUUUCUUCAUGGAGGGCGAAAAAAGGAAGCCUGACGGCGAAGAUGCCAACACCACGCUGGAAUUGGUUACGCGGACGCUGCUCUGGCAGAUAGCGACCUCGUAUGAAGCGAUGACCAAGGCGGUCUUCCAAAUCGUUGAGCGAACACCGUACUUCGACGGAUCUCUUGAUCUCUGGCAGCAACUAUUCAUAAAUAACAAGGAGCGCCUGAACCUGGAUACUACCUUCUUCCUAUUCAUUGAUGGCCUGGAUAUGGAUAUUGUGCAGCUGGUUCAGAAGUUAACUUCAGUUCAUGACAACAAGAAAGCUCGCAUUCUUUUGAGCGCCCGGCCGCAGAUGGUCUCAGAUUGGCUCGAUCAAGAAGACGGAGUUUUGUACGACACUAUUCCGAUUUCUGAUUACAAUGGCGAUGACAUUGACAAAUACAUCACGUACCGGAUGGAUAAUAUGCCGAUUCUCAAAGAUCCUCAGCGCACAGGAAUUUCCGAAUGGAGAAAAAGGAUCUUGGAAACGCUGCGGGUCAAGUGUGCCGGCGAUUACUUCAAGCUAAACACCAGUCUCAAUGCCCUAGCCAAGGUCGAUCUCGUGGACGAUAUCAACGAAGUGCUUGCAGAUGCGGAUAAGACUCGGACAGACCAGAUCGAUGCCGAAAUUCGGCGGCUCAACAAUGUGCGUACUCUCAAGGAAAUCCGAGAGAUAAAUGAGAUUAUUAUCUGGAUUGAGACCGGUAGACGCUGGCUCUCUAUCGAGAUGAUGGAGGCCAUUUUAUCCGUGAAGCAUUGGGGCAACCCCGUCGCCCCUGUUCCAACCCAGGAUGUCGCACUCCCAAGGCGUAAGACUGGCUCUCCCCGUCUCGGGAGUUCCCCCCCGAAAGAGACACCACCGGCGUCUCUAACUAUAUCAUUGCUGCCCUUUACUCAAAAGCUAGCGGAUAAGUACCCUAUUUUCACCGUGACAGAUUCGGGGGCCGUGGACUGGCGAUCCCCGGAAAUUAUAGAUCGAAUUCCCUCCAAGGGCUUCGAUCAGGAGGCUAUGUUCAACGCUGCCCUCUCUGGCCCACAGAUUAUCCAGGAGUCCGAGAUCUCCAUCGUUCGUCAUUUUCUUAACAAUGUGUGCCCGCCUGAGCUAUUCCAACGAUUCGAAUUCGAGCAAUUCUUUGACGCGAAGCUUGGCGCCAGACAGAAGGAGUACAUUAGCCUUGACCCCGACAACGCAAGCAUCAAGAUAGUGCGGACCUGUCUGGUCAUUCUCACCGAAGUCGAGCUCAGAAACAAUGAGAAUCUACGCUAUUAUGCCAUGUACUGGCUCCUGGAUCACCUGCAGGAAGUCGACCUCUCGGCUGCCGGCAGAGACUUGAAGGCCCAAGUUGGCCCGCUUCUUAUCAAGCUAUUUACGGAGGAGUGCGGGAUCGACUCCAUGUUCUGGCCAUUCGACAUGAACGUUAGCUUAAAAACUUGGGAUCAAGGCGAGUACACUUACUUGCACGCAACUAGGAUUGAUUGGCUCUACUCUACCGCGGGCGUCAAAGAGAUAUCCAGGUGGUUUCAUGACUCCUCAGUUACCAAGUAUAUAACUAGCGAGCCAGGCGCCUCUAUUGUCGCAGCUGCGAAAUCAUCGUCGGCAAAUCUACACGAAGUAGUGUUUUCAUUCGCAGCGAGAGUUAUGGCCGAUCAUCUAUUCCGCCGUGUAGAAUUCACCCCUCGCCACUUUUGGUGCGCAUGCUGGUUUAUUCGGGGAUACUUAGCACGGCUCGACCCAGAAAAGUCGGCCCAAAUGACAAAUGACCCAGAUCCGUAUUACGUCGAAGGGACACCUGAGCAGGAGCAAUUUGAAAAUAGGAAAUUCAAAUUGGAGGAGAUACGGGAGAUCGAGGCGUGGGCAGCAGAGGUGCUUAAAAAGGCCGAUGAUUCGCCAAUCCAGACUUCGAGUUGGGAAAUCCAUGGAGCGCUUAUCACAUUUCAGCUGUGUGCUUCUGAGGAGGGCGCGCUUGAUAUUUAUCAAGGACGUGCACGGAAGGCGAUUGAGCUUAACCCGAAGAACUGGCAUGCUUGCCAUUUCAUUGCUAAGCAAUCGAACACUAGGAACGAGGAGUCUGUCGAGCUUCUCUCCCGAGCUAAGCAGGCCGUCGACGAGCUGCGGCACGGCAAUAAAGCGUGGAUGAAAGACCACGCGAACACGUCAUUGCUUGCACGUAUCACGCUGGACUUGGGUGACCGUCUAUGGGAUCUCGGCCAGGACUAUCAACUAGCAGCUCGUACCCACCGGGAGAGUCUGAAAUACGACUAUGUCCACUUUGUGAAUUACACUGAUGUCCUUAAUCGGUACCAAAAACGCGAGGCCUGGGCCGAGUUUAUCGCAUUCAUCGAGACGUUGAACGACACCAGCGAGACGUGGGUGGCUUAUUUCGAUGAGCUGGUCAACCAGUUCGUCGUCAAUAUUAUAACUGUCCGCGGUUCCGACAUGUUCGCUCAAGCUGCGAUUGCGACUAAUCGCUGGGACGUGAUCGAGGCCUUUUUCACACUUGCUAUCAACAUCGGGAUCCAGAAAGAGACCCACGAUCUAAUCUUUCUCCUACGAGACAACUUCGCAAAGACUCUGGCGUAUAGUAAUAGCGAAGAAUUUGAGGACAGGGUUAUCGCUAUCCAGGAGACAGCGCUUGAACAUGUUAAACUUCAUCGUACUGAUAGCCUGUCCCGUCCUAUGAUAGACGCCAUGGCGAACUCUCUUGCCCAGACCUAUCUCGACAAAGCAUUCCAACCAAAUGUAUCCCUUGAAAAAGUCGACCAGUACGGAACUCUCAUCGCGAAUCUACUACCGGAUAUUGGUGACUUGGAUAUUAGUAUGAACAACGGUGCAAUAUGUUCCCUUAUACGCUAUCACCACAAACGUCAGAGUAACUCGGACCUAGCGAAAGAGUGUGUACAGAUAAUAGUACGAACGGGACUAGAGCUCCUCUCUGAUGCAGACGAAGAAAACGAUAAUUUUGCCUAUCUGCUACUCGCUAGGCUAUUGACGGUAGUCGGCGAUGUGAAGAACACGCGAAUUACCUGGACCCUCCGUAACAUGGCGCAGUAUGUUGCGCAACUAAAAUGGCAGAAUUGGAUGACCGCUGGCCAGAUCUCCGCCAAUGGAGAGACUAGCGCAAACGGAAACACGAACGGUUCUAUCAACGGGGCUGUAGACGAUAGCAAAGCGAAGCCCAUAUCUCGAUCCACAACGACUGAUACAACCUCCAGUAGCGACGAGCCCGUAAAGCCGGACCCGAUGGUCAUCUGUGACGGCUGCGACAAGGAAUGGACGUUCACAGACGUGCCUCUAUACACGUGCUCUGACUGCCUCGGCCAAGUGCAGCUCUGCAAGGAGUGCUAUGGGCUCCUAACGCGGGGCGAGCUAAAGAAGACAGGGCUCGCGUGCAAGCAGGCACAUGAAAAGGCCUUCAUAGAGGUGCCUAGCUGGGACCCAAGCUUGACGGAGGGCAUGCCAAGAGCGUACGUGCCCCUGCCGGACAGCAAGGAAAAGACGGGGAGAUGGAUAUCGUUGGAUCAGUGGAAGGGGGAAUUGAGGAAGCUGUAUCUUGAUGGGGAAGCUGGAGGAGCAGUAGCCCAAACAUCGUGAUCUUGGACUCUGGCGAGGAGAACAGGCAAGGUACCUUGCCUACUAGGUAAGCUGGUACUAGGUACCUAGGUACACAUUAUGGAUAGAACUUGAAGUACAUAAACUAAGAAACUUCAGAUGUCGCCGU